AUGGACUCCCCCAUGACGGCCAGAAUGCUGAAAAUGUCAGACGACAACAACAAACGAAACGCAGAAACGAGGUUCGUUGGGAUUGCCAAUGCGCCCACAACACCAUCACCAUUCCUUCACCCUGACCACGUGGCCGUUGGGUCCCCCAUCUCCAGGGUCCCUCUCUCUCCUUCUCCACCACCACCACCACCACCACCUCCCUCUCCCAGAUUCCGGUUGGACCCAGCAGACCCCAUGUGGGCCCAUGAUUUCUCUCUCGCCAACGAUUUCUCCAGAAUCAACCUCUUCGAUCAUGCAACCCAAACCGAUCAUAACAUGCCUUUCACACCCUACGCUUCUUAUUUCAAUGAAACAGGACCCCUCCCAUAUCAUCGUCAUCAUGUUAACAACACCCAAACCAACAUGGGUUUGGACCCUUACGCUUCUUGUUUCAAUGAAACAGGAACCUUCCGAACCCUCCCCUAUCAUCCCCAUGUUAACAAUGCGGGUUUAUUCGAUAAAGGUUACACUUUUCCCAUCCCAGAUGAUCACGUGUAUCAUCACCUCGUCGAUCAGAGGAGGAGGCAGCCACAGGGUACAAGUGAUAAUAACUACCAGAUUCUCGGUGAUCGUUACGCGGUGGCUUCACAGUCUCUCGGAGGAGGAGGAGGAAGAGUCAAAAGCCCCAUUAGGUUUUCUCAGAUAACGCCUCCGUAUCAAUAUCCUCCCAAUGCCAAUAUUACCCCAUCACAUUAUUACGUUGCUGCAAAAGAAAAAGCUGAACUUUCCCCUUUUUUAUCUCCUAGGAGAAUCAUCGGGGAAGACCCUGCUGCAGCGUUUAGGUGUGACAACAAUGGUGUUUUCCUACAAGGGAGAGAUGCAAAACACUACUUUGAGAAUGAGUAUGGUUCUUACAGAAGGAGUCCUCGUUAUGAUGAUGAUGCAAUUCAUGGUGUGGGUCGGAGUGUUGUUCGUAAGAACUUUUAUUCUUCUGCUGCUGCUCCUUCUGGUCAAAGAAGUGGUGGUGAUUUCUCAUCAGUGCCCAUGCUGCAGGAUUUUUAUUCUGUGCCUGACGCGCAGUGCUACAUUUACAACAUGGCAAAGGAUCAAAAUGGUUGUCGUUUUCUGCAGCGGAUGGUGGCUGAGGGGACCUACCAAGAUAUUUGUAUGGUGUUUGAGGGAAUCAUUGGGAAUGUUGUUGAACUCAUGAUAGACUCUUUCGGGAAUUAUCUGGUGCAGAAGCUGCUCGAUGUUUGCACCGAUGAUCAACGGCUGCAGAUUGUGCUCAUGCUGACCAAUCACCCAGCCCAGCUCGUUAGAGUCUCUUUAAAUACUCACGGAACACGCGUGGUGCAGAAGUUGAUCGAGACCCUCACCUCCACUGAACAAGUUUCAUUGGUGAAGUCUGCCAUUCAACCGGGUUUUCUUGAUCUUAUUAAGGAUCUGAAUGGAAACCAUCUCAUUCAACGUUGCUUGCAAUGCCUUAGCUGUCAAGAUAAUCAGUUUAUUUUUGAUGCUGCUGUGAAGUUUUGUGUUGAAAUAGCUACUCAUCAGCAUGGAUGUUUUGUAUUGCAACGUUGCAUUCACCACUCUGUAGGAAAGAAUCGAGAUAAGCUGGUCACAGAAAUAUGCAAACAUGGACUUCUCCUGGCUCAGGAUGCAUUUGGAAAUUAUGUUGUUCAAUAUGUUAUAGAGUCGGAUACCGCAGCUGUCUCAGCCAAACUACUUAGUCAGUUCAAAGAGAACUUUGUAAUGUUGUCUACACAGAAAUUCAGCAGUCAUGUGGUCGAAAAAUGCCUUCAGCAUAUUGGAGACAGCAGAUCAAGGAUAGUUCGAGAAUUGUUGUCUGUUCCUCGCUUUGAACAGUUGUUGCAAGAUCAAUAUGCCAAUUAUGUCAUUCAAUCUGCUCUACUUUUUACAAAGGGGCCUCUGCAUGCAUCUUUGGCUGAAGCUGUUCGUCUUCACAAAACGUUGUGCACCAGUCCAUAUUGCAAGAGGAUUUUUUCAGGAAACCUGCUUAAGAAGUGA